UAAAGAAGAAUCGACCCGGCAAUUUGGUGAAAGAAACCCUCAACGACGCGCCAACAUGACACGCAUCUCAGAAGCCGUCAAACGGGACCACGCCCGCAUCAAGGCGGCGUAUCGACGCCUGCGAGAGGCCGACCCAGAAGCCCGCAAACCAGACGAGUUCAUCUGGGAACUGGAUCGCUACUUGAUUGUCGAAGACCUCGUUGUGGCUCCCGCUCUGGACAAUCACAUAGCCAAUGGCGGCAAGAGGCAUCAACGGCUGUCUGACGACUUUGACAGUAUGAACGCAAAGCUCAGGCACAUGCAGAAAUUCGACCCUGCCGAGGCCAGCUUCGACUCGUCACUCAGUGCUAUUUGGGUCGACCUUGAACCGCACAUCAGGGAAGAGUCGAGGGGUGACCUCAGGCAGCUGGAGGAGAAUCUCUCAGAGUCGGACUCGAAGGCACUGGGGAAGAAGUACGAGGACAUCAAGGAGCUGUUGCAGAGGCCCUAUGGGAAGGACGGCGUGCCGGAUGCCAGGACCCUGGAGGCCAUUCUGGAGAUACCCAAGCGAGAGCUGAUGGUCAAGCUUGGCAUCUCGGGCCAGUGAUGUACUCACAGUACUCGGGUGGAUACAAGGAGCAGGUUGGGACAGAUAAGUAAACCUGUGCCACGAGAUAUCAAUGAUUCUUCUCAGUUUGCAACUGUUAUUAAUAUCCACGACUUGACGGUCACCGUUCCUGAC